AGCUCCAGACUCAGACCCGAGGAUCAGCGGACGAGCCGCGGAUUAAAGAGCCGGAUCUGAACGACACAAAACAGAUCAAUAAUCGCUCGUCCUCUGUUAUGGGGAACCAGCUGAGCGAGCGGGCCCCUGGGGGCCCCUUCCUGCCGGGUCUCGCUCAGUCCCUGCACAUCGUGGUUGUCGGUUUGGACUCGUCUGGUAAAACUUCGCUGCUUUAUCGCCUCAAACUGGGCGAGUUCGUGGAAACCGUCCCCACAAAAGGCUUCAACAUGGAGCGGGUCAGGCUGAGCGGCGGCGGCGGCGGUGGGCUGUACCAGGUCUGGGACGUGGGAGGUCAGGACAAACAGCGCCCCCUGUGGAAGGCGUACGCUCGCAGGACGGACGGGCUGGUGUUCGUGGUGGACGCGGCCGACACCGAGCGUCUGGAGGAGGCUCGGGCCGAGCUGCACCGGAUGGCGCGCUGCCCGGAGAGCCAGGGGGCGCCCAUACUACUGCUAGCUAACAAACAAGACCUGCCCGGAGCUAUGACGCCCGCACAGGUGGAGAAGGCCUUGUCUGUCCACGAGCUCAGCCCGUCCACUCUGCUCCACACUCAGGGCUGCUCCGCUCUGGACGGGGACGGUCUGCAGCCGGGACUGGACCUGCUCCACGACAUGAUCCUUCAGCAGAGGAGGAGCCAGAGACAGAGCCGCAAGAAGAGAUGAGAGCCGUCCUCAAGGGACGAGGCUCAAGGGACGAGGCUCAAGGGACGAGGCUCAAGGGACGAGGCUCAAGGGACGAGGCUCAAGGGACGAGGCUCAAGGGACGAGGCUCAAGGGACGAGGCUCAAGGGACGAGGCUGUGACCAGGGCACCAGCCUAAAGGGAAAACUAUGGGACAGACUUCAACAGGCGAACAAUAAAGGACAAACCUAAAGGGACAAACAUUAAAGGAAAAGCCUAAAGGGACAAUGCUCAUGUUGCGAGCUUCAAGGGAAAAACCAGGGGACAAUCUUAAUAAUAAUAAUAAUAAUAAUAAUAAUAAUAAUGUGCUUUUUCAAAGCUCCACAGUCAUUAUUCAUUUCCACACUUGGUGAUGUAAGAUACUACUGUAGCCACAGCUGCCCUGGCUGUAGGUGAAGUGUCUUGCCUAAGGACACAAGGACAGAACUUGGUCCGAGCGGGACUCAACCCUCCGACCUUCGGGUUGGGGGGACCAACACUCUAACCACUGAGCCACUGUCUUCAAGGUGCGAGACUAAAGAGACAACUCGGGUACAAGCCUAAAGGGGCAAGCCAAGCAGAAACUGACAGCGCCCCCUACAGACCCAUUUUGGGACAGGCCAUUGAAGGAAGUGUCUCUGCUGGAGGACACAGGGACGUAUCUGCUGCGUGUUGCACAAGUCCACUUAAACUUUAUGGUUGAAUUGUCCUGAAGUGCCUCAUUAUUGUUUGAAAUGUGUUUUUUAUUUGUGUCGUUUCAUGGACUUAAACUGUGGCUGGAUCCACAAACUUUUAUGAAAACAGAAAAAUUGUCCAUAAAUCAGGUACAAUCUGCAUUUGACACUACUUCUUUUUUGACAUUUGACCUUCCCCCAUCUCAGUUUAACACUACAGGGACAUACGAGGAUGGAAGGGCAUCUGACACAGCACACGUCUGUCCAGCUCUUUACCAAAGUACUGUAUUUGAAGUUGACUGAAGGACACGUUAUACUUGUACUGUUUUUGUAAAAAUAAAUUAUCGUCAG